AUGGCCGAUUCGUUAUUACCAGUUGGAUUUAAAGAGAACAAGCUAUGGAAAGGAGUUUUUGCUGUCGCCGGAAUCAUGACCACUCUUGUCAUCUAUGGUCUUUUGCAGGAAAAGAUCAUGAGAGUCCCAUAUGGAUCGAACAAGGAAUAUUUUAAGCACUCGCUAUUUCUUGUUUUCUGCAACCGCAUUACAACAUCUGCUGUCUCUGCUGCUGCUCUAGUGGCAAGUAAAAAAGCUUUGGAUCCUGUUGCUCCUGUUUAUAAGUACUGCCUCAUUUCAGUAUCUAACAUACUAACCACAACAUGUCAGUAUGAGGCCCUCAAGUAUGUCAGUUUCCCUGUUCAGACGCUUGCUAAGUGUGCCAAAAUGAUUCCUGUUAUGAUAUGGGGCACUGUUAUCAUGCAAAAGAGAUACAAGGGAAUGGACUACUUGUUGGCUUUUCUAGUGACCGUCGGUUGUUCAGUUUUCAUUCUAUUUCCAGCAGGAACUGACAUCAGUCCAUACAGCAGAGGAAGAGAAAACACUGUUUGGGGUGUUUCCCUGAUGCUUGGAUAUCUCAGUUUUGAUGGCUUUACAAGCACAUUCCAAGAUAAGUUAUUUAAAGGUUAUGAUAUGGAGAUUCACAACCAAAUUUUCUACACAACAUUGUGUUCUUGCAUUCUUAGCUUGACAGGCCUUAUAUUACAAGGGCACCUACUUCCAGCUAUAGAUUUUGUGGUCCGCCAUAACGAUUGUUUUCUUGACAUUGCAUUGCUGUCCACUGUAGCAACUGCUAGUCAGUUUUUCAUUUCUUACACAAUCCGAACAUUUGGUGCUCUAACAUUUGCUGCCAUAAUGACCACGAGACAGUUGGUGAGCAUCAUGCUAUCAUGUGUGUGGUUUGCCCAUCCUCUUAGCUGGGAACAAUGGAUUGGAGCUGUUAUUGUCUUUGGUUCUCUGUAUGCAAAAAACUUGUUUAAAAGUGCACCUUCAAAGCUUCCACCUGCCGAACAUACACAAAAUGGAGCUUCUAGUCCUACGAAGCAAUAG